CGGCCAUGAACUCGGGACGCGAGCCCCGGACACCCCGGACGCCCUUCAGCAUCGCAGACAUCCUAGGCCCACGCGUGGUUCCCCGGGCACCCUCUGCGCCGCAGCUUCCAGAGUCGAGGCCGGGUCCCACGUCGCCGCUGUGCGCGCUGGAGGAACUGACCAGUAAAACUUUCCGCGGACUCGACAGGCGCGCUCCGCAGCCCUCUGAAGGCCCGGCAGCUCCGGACGCGCUGGGCCCCGGCUCCGCCGGCCGCAAACGGCGCAAGGCGCGCACAGCGUUCACCGCGCAGCAGGUGCUGGAGCUGGAGCGGCGCUUCGUCUUUCAGAAGUACUUGGCGCCCUCGGAGCGCGACGGGCUGGCGACGCGACUCGGCCUGGGCAACGCGCAGGUCGUCACUUGGUUCCAAAACCGGCGCGCCAAACUCAAACGCGACGUGGAGGAGAUGCGCGCCGACGUCGCCUCGCUCCGCGCGUUGUCCCCAGGAGUCCUGUGCAGCCUCGCCGUGCCCGACGGCGCUCCGGGCCCGGGCCUUGGCCCUAGCCCCGCCAGGCCUGACUCCGGGCCCCACCUGUCAGACGAGGAGAUACAGGUGGACGAUUGAAGACAGCCGCCGCCAACCCCGGGCUCUGGACCGCAGGCCUCCCCACCUCCGCGCUGCGCUCUGCGCCUUAUCUGGGUUCUAGUGUGGAGGG